AUGAACCAAAGUCAAGAAAACCUGGUGGGCGACGAUGACAUUCGUCACUUGAAGCAGUGUUGUAAAGCAGCUGUUAAGAAAGAUACUCUUACGCCUCAUGUUGCACAAGAUGUUGCUCGGCGGCACAGCUAUGAGCAUAGGGUAGGUUUUUUUAGCCGUAGCUUUUAGCGGUUUCUCCUAGCGAUUUGUUAUAUCGAAAUUAUACUGUAAUACGUUAUUUAUCUUUACUUUAAGUUCUUCAACCGUCUACAAUUAGAAUUCAUGAGGUAUAGAUUAGAUUAGUUGACAAUUUGAUGUCGUAAAUUGUAACAUACUUCAAGUAGUAUGUUUUAGACAAAAGAAAAAUCCCCGACCAAACCCCAAAGCCCUGUGUCUCCAAACACACUGCAGUCUAAAAUGUUUGAACUUGACAGUACGUCAUUUACAUGUAACGAAGCUAAACGUAGUCGUGUUGAUCCGACAAGCUAUGGAUUUUCGAAAACAACAGACAUCAAAAUGAAUUACAAAAGUGACCACGUGUAUGAUGGGCCGGAAAACGAUGCUAAGCCAAUGUACGAAGAAAACUCGUUUUGA